UAAGUUUUAUUUAACGGCUGGUUUUGAAAAUGGAGAGCAAGAGCUUUAUUGGGCAUCUCCAUUGGAGAGAUUUAGCAAGAGCUCUUGUUGUAAAUUUGAUUAAAAAUAAAUUAUAAUUGAUGAAAAAAAUAAGAGACAACUCUUAUUAAGACUCGUCUCUGGUUGUGUACGUGUCAAGUAGAGUUGAUGUACUGUAGUUUUUAAUAUAAAAAGAAGAUUUUUUUUUCCCCUUCUUUCUCUUCUUUGUCUCUCUUUCGCAAUACUCUCUGAAGCACAAAACAGGAGAGGUUUUUUUGACAAAAUCUGAGGAGAAUGAUUCGAUAUGUGAGAUUGUUGGACUGUUAUAUUAUCAUCUCUACUGAAAAUUGAAAGCUGACAAGAAGAUUAAGAUCGAAAUCAAUGACCUACAUGUUCAAGUACGACAAUGUUCACGGUCAAUGGAAGCACAAUGAACUCAAGAUCAAAAGCCAAUCACUGUUUUCGGCAUCAGGAACCGUGAGGGUAUCCCAUGGGCAGAUAAUAGCCAUUAGAGAAGCUCUCAAGCCUGUUAUAUGCCCUAACUGUGGUGGUCCUCCUGUUAGUGAAGAUCCUUACUUUGAUGAACAAAGCUUCGGAUUGAAAAUGCACAUCUUAGAGAAGAGGCUUGGCUGCACUAUAAGCUUCUCUGAAUGUGGCGGUAUUGAGAUAGAAGAGAACUGCGACAAAGUAAUUGACUUUUGGCUCUAAUCUUGUUUCUCUGCCUUCUCUUUCUUGGCUCAUUUUUGUUGUUUUCUUUCGGUAAUUCGGUUUAAGUGUGCAUACAGUCUCUGUUUUUUUUUUUGGUAUUCCUAUGCAUAUUCAAAGAUCUGUUAAGCUGAAUUUAUGGCUUCUCAGUACUGCAAUCUAUGUUAAAGAGAUUAUUAAGUUAGGUUUUUUCAACUUAGAUUUUUUCAAAAAUAAGAACUCCAAUUAGAGUUCUACCAUUGGAGAUGA